AUGAAUGAAAGGGAACAUGUUGCGGAGCUAGUUGAGCUGUUGGGCCGGCUCAAUACUAGUAGAGAAGAGGCAAUAGAGCAGUAUGAGAGGCGGGCAUUUACAUUUAUGAAAAACAUUCGUCCAGAAACUUUUGAUUCUCUUAACUUUGACAGCGAGCUUGAGAGGAUUGCAACAUAUCCUAUAAUUCUCGGAGGUCUUUUUAUGAAGAAAGAGUUCAAAAAGAUCGACAAGAUAGUUAACGAAGAUUUGUUGCCCUAUCUCAUUGGGAAGAAAAGGAUCUACGAUUAUUUUAUCGGGCUCAUUGUGAAAUUUUUUUAUCUUGCAAGGAAAAAUGAAUCUCAAGACAACUCGACUCUCUUCAGCCUUCUUGUUACAAACAAGGAGCUCGGCAAUGAAUAUACUGUUUCUGUGAUAACUAAUUGCCUUUUGGACAUGCUUACUAGUAACAAAAUAUUUCAAAGAAUCGAAAAUACUAUUACAACAACCUCUGAGCAAGCAAGAUACAACUAUUACAAUGGAAUAAUAUCUAUGGUUGAAGGGGAUUACAAUUCUGCUCUGAAGUGCUUUCACACAAGCAUCAUCCUUUCAACCAAUCGUGAUCUAGUUCUGGGUGCGGAGAAGCGUGUUAUUUUAUGUAUGUUACUUAGUAGUGACUACAACAUCCCAUACACUUAUAAGCCGAGCCUUAGAACAUACUUUGAGCUUGCUUCUGCUGUAAAAAAUGCUGGGAUAAAGAAGUUUGAAGAGGCUCUUGAGAAGAGUAAAGAUGAGCUUAUGUCUCAAGGUCUAUACUUUGUAGCAAGAAGGUUAUCGCAAAAUGUUAUCCAGGAGGGAAUAAGAAGGAUAAGUAUUGUGUACUCCAGAAUAUCUUAUGUAGAUAUUGCAUAUCUUCUGGAUAUCAAUCCCGAAGAAGCUGAGUACUUGGUCAAAAGGACAAUUAGAAAGGGAUUGAUAAAGGGAAAAGUUAUUGACGGUGUUUUUCAUUCUUUGAAGGAGGACAAAUCCACGACCGAUAUAGGCAUAGGUAUCAGGGAUUGUAUACAGCUAACAAAGUAUAUCCAGGAACAUAUGAGAUAUCCUGUUAUUGAGCCCUUAUGCUAUGAGAAGGUAAGCAAGGUUCAUGAAAAAUAA